GUGAAUGAAUGAUGAUGCUUGAGAGAAGGGGAAUCAUAAGGCAUUAAGGAGUUAGCGGCUUCAUUUAGACAUUUCGGCAUAAAGAUUAUGAUGGCAGAAUGUUUAGAUCCCUGAUACCGCCUGAUGCCUUCUAGCUUUUGUUGAACUACAACCACAGUCAUCUUUCUGAGGUGUGGGAAUUGUAGUUAAACGUCGGGCUGGACGGACCCUGGUUGGGCACUGGCAUCGGUGGAUCCUUCGGCUAUGGCUUUGUCAGGCUGGCUACUGAUAUCUAGGUCAUUUCCCCUGGAUGAUGUGACCGUGUUGCUUCUGCAGCUGCCCUAAAUAAAAAAAGGUUUGCAUGAAAAGGACUAUUUGUGCUUCGAAAUUCACACCUAAACCCUCUCUCUGUAAAUUAUUCAACCUCAGGCACUGAAGCAUACAAUGAAAGACAGCAUGUCUAACAAUAGUACAACUAGUAUAUCUCAAGCAAGAAAAGCAGUGGAACAACUUAAAAUGGAAGCAUGUAUGGACAGGAUUAAGGUGUCCAAGGCUGCUGCCGAUUUAAUGGCCUAUUGCGAUGCUCAUGUAAGAGAAGACCCACUUAUUCUUCCAGUGCCUGCUUCGGAAAAUCCAUUUAGAGAGAAGAAAUUCUUUUGUACUAUUCUCUGAAUUAGUCUUAGUCGAAUACUAAUAUAGUUUAAGCAUGUCAUCAGCUUAACAGAACUUUACCAAGGUUAUUGACAACUGAAACCAUUGUCUCAGAAUUUCUAGAAGCACAAGGCAUCGUCACUGGAGAUCUUUAUGUGAUUUUUGUUUUUUUUUUUGUUUUUUUUUUUUUUAAAUCAAGGUUGUAAUCAUUGCGCUGAGUCAUUCAUGAAUAUAGGAGUAGAAAAGGCAUGUAAGUGUAAAAACAAAUAUUCAGCAAUAUGAAUUCAUGGAAGUAUUCAUUUCUAUUUCAGUAUUUCUUCACGUUUUUAUUAUGUUCUCACAUGCUCAAAGGGAGACUGAGAAAAAUAUCAUAGAGGCUUUACUCACUGAAACUGCUCUCCAAUGCCAAACUACAGCCACAACUGUAAAUACUCACUGUUUUAUAAAGUAUUAGCCAUUUUGUUAUUUUUGUAAUGGAGAAACUUAGUUUGUUUUUGUUAUGUUCUCUUACUAGUUAAAUGAAUGAAAUGUCAUUCAGUUUUAUGAACAGUAAAAAUGUACUUAUUUAAGGUGAAAGUUAAAAAAAAAAUGUCAUAAAGGGGAUUUUGAUAAAAUAUAUGAGUAUUCUUUACAGCAUUUUAAAACCCUGUCUAGUAUAAUAAACAAACAGCAUGCUUUGCAAGUGCCAAUUCUUUAUCCUUAAAGUUUAUUCUAUUUUAUUUCCAGAAACAUAUUUUAGUUUCAGUAGUUUCAAAAAUAAUAUAAUUCGCUAGAUCUGUUUUUUUUUCAAUGUAAGAUCAAUGUAUUGAGAUUAUUGUAAUCAAGGUUUUAAAAAUACUAGAGGUUAUUUACAUCUGCAACUGUACUGGGCUAAGUGCAAUUUCGAGUACAAUUGCAAUGUGUUUUACCCACAAUGCAGUGUUUUUCUUCAUGAUUCCAACAUAAUUGCAGUUGCCAGGGAAAUGUGUUCCUGUUGCAAUUGUGCUUGUACUUCAGUGUGAAUCAGGCGCAACUGCACCAAAUCUUUUACACAUCUGGAUGUUAUUUAUGGUGACCAAUGUAACAGUGAAUUGUGCACCCUAUUCUUUCGGCGCAACUGUGCUGUGUCAUUUGCUGCAGGGUGAUAUGGGAACCCUGGAGCUACCGAUUUUGAGGUGGAGGUAGUUCCAGGGUCUCUCUGCAUCAGAAGGUACAAUUGCGUGAAAUAUAAACAGAAGGCAAUAGGAAAGCAGCAGCAUUGAGCGCAACUAUACAGAUGUGUACAUAUUGAUGCAAGUACCUAUAAUGAAUUAGAUUUUCCUUGCAACUGUCGUAAAUGACCCAUUAAGCAGUAUUUUACUAAAAUGUAUACGUAGUGGCCAGAUGCCAUCCAUUUCCAUGAAUAGUCCCUGCUGUUUUGACCCUGUCCAUGGGAGUGGCCCUUUUUUUCAAAACAAACCAGCUGCACAGAAGUACAGUAUUUGAAUGAUCAUUUAGCCACAUAUCAGAUCUCAGGGUCCUUGGUUUCAAACGUACAGUUAUUGGAAAGGGGUGCUUAAACCUUAGCCUUAUUACUGUAGACAAUUAAAUUACCAAUAGGUUAUAUGUAAGGUGUGGCAUAUGUGCUUAAUUUUUGUUUGCAGCUCAUGUGUGUUGCAGGAGGGCCAACAGCAAAAUUUUGUAAAAAUUUGUUUUUGGGAAUAGCUGCAAUCAUGCUAAUACAAUCAACACCUUACCUCCAUGAGGUCUCUGACUCCGUGCUGGCUAUGCUAAACAGAUUAUGCUGAUUGGAGCAAGAUUCCAGGGUAUUUAACUCCCAAAAGGUCUUUGUACAAGUCAUUCCAAAUUGAGAAAGCCAGUCUAGAGAAACAUCUGAACCUUAAAAGGCAUGUUACUCAUGGAUUCUCACAAACAAACAUUAUAAAAUAAGAUUUUAUUAAGUAUGGUGAAAAGUCAUGUUUUCUAAGGAAUAAAAAUGUAUAUAGCUAAAAGGGAGGAAAAUAUCAUAUACCCUUAAUAUAAUGCCCCCUGUGAAGUUAAAUGUAAGGGGCAACAUUUGCCCUCAGGUCUAGUAGCCCAUAGCAACCAAUCAAAUCUGAUGGAAUUUACUGGUCACAUGUUGCAAACAAACAUCUGUUUGCAAUGCAAUCUUAGAUCUGGUGCAAAAACUACUCCUAUUAGAUGAUCCUGUUAGGUUGAUAAAUGAUAUUAAUGCAAAUAUUACAGACAAGGGACACAAAGUAGGCUGAAAAAUAUUAUAUACAUAUGUUACAGUGUGAUGCUUCUGUUCUUUUUGUUGAAACCUCAUCUACUUUAACUUGUAAUUGCAGCAUAAAAACCAUAGAAGUUCUAAAAAAGGUAUACCUAGUACAGGUAUAGGACCCGUUAUCCAGAAUGCUCAGGACCAAGGGUAUUCCGGAUAAGGGGUCUUUCCGUAAUUUGGAUCUCCAUACUUUAAGUCUACUAAAGAAUCAAUAAAACUGCAAUUAAAUCCAAUAGGAUUGUUUUGCAUCCAAUAAGGAUUAUUUGUAUCUUAGUUGGGAUCAAUUACAAGGUACUGUUUUAUUACUACAGAGAAAAGAGAAAUCAGUUUUAAAAUUCUGAAUUAUUUGAUUAAAAUGGAGUCUAUGGGAGACGGGCAUUCCGUAAUUUGGAGCUUUCUGGAUAACGGGUUUCUGGAUAAGGGAUCCCAUACCUGUAUAAGUAAAUCUAAAGCAACUGGACAUGCUAAGUACUUCAUAGUCAUAUUCUAAAAAAGGUCUAAAGUUAUGAUCUUAUGUAUAUUGCUUUUGUAUAGCACAUGGAAUGAAUCUGUCUCAAAUAUAUAGAUUUUUUUUAUCAAAUUUGACAUUUGUGCCUACCUUGUAUUUAAAACUGUUGCAAAUAGUUGUUUAAGUGUAUACAGAUCACUGCUGGGUUUAAAAGGAAAACUAUACCUUAAUAAUGAAUACUUAACCUGCAUAUAAUUUUUAUCAUAAAAAGUGCCCUAGUAAAGAGUCUUACAAAUGUGGCAUAUACAUAUCAGUAAAUAUUGCUUUUUGAAUCUUUUCAUUUGAGCCACCAUUUUGUGAUGGACUGUGUGCUCCAUCAGAAAUCACCUGACAGGAAAUAAUGCAGCUCGAACUGUAACAGGAAGUGUAAAAGACAGAAUUCUGCCAUUCACUGGCUGAUGUAACCCAGCAUGUACCAGUAUGUGUAAGCCCAGGAAAUCGUACUUAAUUCUUAAAAUGGUAGCUUUUCUAUUUGGGAUUACCCAAUGGCACUUACUACUAGAAAAGUACAUUUAUAUGAAAAUAGUUUAUUUAGAUGAACUUUUUAUGUGAUUUAUUUUUAUAGAGAACUGCAAUGUUCAAGGGUUCACAACGUAUUUAUAGACAGGAAUUUUAUUCCAUAUACCAGAUUUAAACACAACACAAAAUGUGCAGCAAAGUACUGAACCCCUUGCAGGUCAGCUAUAAAGUCAGAAUUCUGGAAAUCCAUUUCUUUAGGAUGCAGUACAUGUCGACUCUUGUAUUUCAUCAGGGAACAACACUGAGUUGCAGAACAAAUGAUCAAAUAAAUAAUUUAUCAAGUGGUCAAAAUAUCUAAUAAAUGUUGCUUGGAACUAAUGUUACCUCCCAGGUAUAGAAGAUUUUUAAGUCACUAACUGUUGUGUGAAUUACUUUCUAUCUGCCUUGGAAGCAGAGCAGCAUUUCAGUCUACCUUCUCCUGUACCUCAUCAGGAAGUCUCUGCUGAUACUAACAGCUUAAUGUUGUCAUACUGAGAAUGCCCCAGAUUUGAGCAACACAAACUAACUACUAAAAUCUAUUCCCUUUUAGAAAUGCCUUUUAUACUUUCUGUCCCCUUUUUCUCUUCCCUUUGCAUGUAAAGUAGUAGUGUGUGAAGAAAGGUACAUAUAUGAUCUUGUUUGCCAAUUGCUUUUGAUAAUUAUUGCUUUGCUGUUUAUUAAUUAAAAGCAAAUUACAAAAUAAAAAUACUGAAACAAAA